AAGGAGAGAGAGAACGCAGAGGGAGGGAGGCAGGGAGGGAGACCAAACCCCCGCUUUACUGCGUUGAAAGCUUCUGAAUUUCAAGCAGAAAGUAGAAGGAGCUCCAAAGGCAGUGAGCAUCUUUCCUUGGGCUGCGUGUGCCGAGCGUAGACAAUGAAAAUCUCCAUCCCCCUCCCCCAUUCCCACUAGGCUACAAGAUUCUUGUUUUCGUUCCUUCUCACCGGUGGAAAAUGUGUAAAAUCAAAGAUGUAGAGGUGUGUAGUGAUUUUUUCAAAAGCCAACUAACCCACCGCACGGGCUGCGACGCGGAUUACCCGAGCGCACGCCGGCUGGGCGCAUUCUGGGGUCUCUGCGCAAGACCAGCUCUCAGCUUUCUCUCCUUUCCUCGGACUCUGGAGCGGGAGCGGGCCUUUCCCUCGGGCCGACCACGCCGUAGGGGACGCCAUGAAAAGAGCCGUCGCGCCCGCUGCCUCCUGCCCGCUGCGCAGAGGGCUCCGCCCGUAGAGGUCAACUUCCCUCACCCUUUCCUCUCUCCUGCUCGCCCUCCCUCCGCCUGGCCCAGGCGCUUCCAGCCGCAGACUCUGGCCACAGGCUGAGGAGUGCGAGUCGGCUGCGCUGCCCUGAGCCGAAUCGCCCUUCCGGGCCCAGACCCGAGUUCCGCGCUCCCGGGCAGUGGGAAAGCUUUAGUGAGCAGCCUUUUCUCUCCGCAGCAAACUCGUAGCCAGACCAGAUGGGCCGCCCAGCUCUCUCGGGACUAGGCAGGUGCGGUUGAGUUAAUUUUUCCGCAUUACAAAGAAAGAUGACCCAGCCCGCCCUCGGACUCUUUUCCCAAAAUCUCCCAACCAAACCCGCGGUAACGUUAUCAGAGGACACAGAGACCAGGCAUAUCUGUGUGUUUAUCUUACAGGCACACAGGCAUGUUUGUUUUCUCUUUUAUGUGCUAGAUUUCAUCCCUGACAGCAGAAAAUGAUUGGCAACGAUUCUGACGGAGAACAUGCAAUGGCGUGGUCCUUAAAAACCUGCCAUUCCUUACAAGUGCCUUAGAAAGGAUUCAGGGCGGACCAACUGGGUUAAUUGCAUUCAGUAAGAUAACACUAUUACAAAAUUA